AUGUUGGUCUCUCCCGUGGAGAAACCAGGGUUCAAGAUGUUGGUGUCUCCCGUGGGAUACCAGGGUUCAAGAUUGGACAGUGGCCCCUCCAGUGGCCCCUCCCUCACCCUCUUCAGUCCCUCGCCCCAGGCCAAUUCCUCCUCGCCCCUCCCUCACCCUCUUCAGCCCCUCGCCCCAGGCCAACUCCUCCUCGCCCCUUCCUCACCCUCUUCAGCCCCUCGCCCCAGGCCAAUUCCUCCUCGCCCCUCCUUCACCCUCUUCAGUCCCUCACCCCAGGCCAACUCCUCCAUAACCCCCUUUCAGCCCCUCGCCCCAGCCCCUCCUCGCCCCUCCAUCACCCCCUCGCCCCAGGCCAACUCCUCCAUAAACCCCUUUCAGCCCCUCACCCCUCCUCGCCCCUCCAUCACCCCCUUUCAGCCCCUCGCCCCUACCCCUCCUCGCCCCUCCAUCAACCCCUUCAGCCCCUCGCCCCUGCCCCUCCUCGCCCCUCCAUCACCCCCUCGCCCCUGCCCCUCCUCGCCCCUCCAUCAACCCCUUCAGCCCUUGUGUACCUUGGCUUCCGCCUUCUCCACAGGGAAAACAGACAGUCACACCCCUGUAUGA